AUGCGCUUCAUAUUCUGUUUAGAAGGAAAUUACACUCCUGGUCCCCUGUAAUUUGCUCGAUCGGAAGAAAUAAAUUCGUGUGAUUUAAAAUAGUGAAUAAUAAAAAUUGUAUCUGGUAAAAGAAAAGAAAAACCAGAUAAUGUUGUGAGUGGUAAUUAAGAAAAAAAGCAACAAAAAAACGUGCAAACAAAAAGCUCUUGUAAAAAUUUAUUUUCAUUUUCAAUAAUGAAAUAAUAAUUAUUUUUUUGAAAAAUAAUUGACUUGGAAAAAUAUUGUGAACCUCCGAGGGACAUUAUACAGUGUCAACAUGGAUGAAAAUUUGAGUCGAGGAUAUGUGCAAUUAGGAAAGGCCAGAGGAAUAAAUGAAUUGAAACUCAAUGAUGGAUUUAGUCAUCUUUCACCGCCAGUUGAUAAAUGCAAUUUUAUUUACUUUGCACUUGUGCUUGCCGGUGUUGGUUUUCUCAUGCCCUACAAUAGUUUUGUCAUCGCAGUGGAUUAUUUUCAAGCGAGGUAUCCAGGAACAACGGUAAUAUUUGACAUGUCUGUUGUCUAUAUUACAAUGGCAUUCUUUGCAGUCUUUGCAAAUAAUAUUCUCGUAGAGACCUUGUCCCUUAAUACGAGGAUAACAUUCGGAUAUUUAGUUUCCUUCGUGACACUGAAUUUUGUCGUUAUCUGUGAAAUAUGGUGGGAACUUUUUGGAGUGGCAACGUCUUAUACUAUCAAUUUAAUAGCUGUUGCAGUUGUUUCACUUGGAUGUACAGUACAACAAUCGAGCUUCUAUGGAUACACUUCGAUGCUUCCCAGUCGAUACACUCAAGCUGUUAUGGCAGGAGAAAGUGCUGCUGGUUUUUGGGUAUCUGUCAAUCGAAUACUAACGAAAUCAAUGGUGGAUGAUGAACGUGGCAAUACAUCAAUGUUCUUUGUUCUUUCAAUUUUAACCAUUGUUAUGUGCUUCGUUCUCCAUCAGGUUGUGCGGAAAACUGAAUUUGUCCAAUUUUACAUUACACUUUGCCAAGAGCGGAAUCGAAUUACUUUGGAGCCAACUGAAGACGUAGGAUUGAUGGAUCCCCUGGAUCAAGUUGGUGACCCAAUAAAAGGACAGUACGGAGUUUUGAAAUUGCAAACGAGCCCUUUGGGAAAUGAUUCAGCGAGUGGAAGUGGUGAUUUAGCAAAUGGACAAUAUUCGGCGUUUUCGUUCAGUAAUCCAGUUUACGAGCCGAGUGGUCCAUCAGGAAAUCCUCCAGGCAGCGCGGGACCAACUUAUAAAGUUGAAGACGUUGUCGUGAUGCGAGGAACUUACAGCAGUAGUCAAAGUAGUAAACCUUGGUCCGGCAUCAAGAGAGGAAUGCUCGCAAGAUUGGAAGUCGCAAAAUUAAUAUUUCCCUAUAUGGCCAGCAUUGGAGUGGCUUAUUUUGUAACGUUAUGUCUGUAUCCAGGAAUAGUGUCUGAAAUAAUUUCCUGUAAAUUUGAAUCUUGGAUGCCAGUUAUUUUAAUGGCUGCUUUUAACGCUGCGGAUCUAUUAGGAAAAAUGCUAGCCUCAAUUUCUUACGAAUGGACACGAACUCAACUGUUAUAUUUUUCAGUCGCAAGGGCAAUUUUUAUUCCCCUUUUUCUAUUGUGCGCAAUUCCUCGAAAGUCACCAAUUUUAUCAGGAGAAGGUUAUCCGCUGUUAUUCUCCUUAUUACUUGGUCUCACAAAUGGCAUCGUUGGCAGUGUUCCCAUGAUUCAAGCUCCCAGCAAAGUUCCCGAAGAGCAUCGCGAACUGACAGGUAAUAUUAUGACUCUCUCAUAUACAACUGGACUGACAGUGGGCUCUCUCUUGGCAUAUAUGUUGGACGCAUGUUUGGGUCCCUCGAUGUCGGCGAAAAAAAUUUGUCCCAAGCCAAGAAGGCCAAUUAUUGCCACCGCUGGCAAUGUGACUAUGAAUAUAUUCACGAAUGCCAUUUCAUCGACCUUCCCGAGUGUUGAAAGAAUCACGAGGCUUCCAAAGGUAAAAAGUACUGCUGCUACCUUAACAACUCUAUUGACAACAUCAAUGGUCCUUAAUAAUACCAAUAUUUUAAAUAACAGUCUCACAAAUCUAACGACAACAGCGUUGCCAAAAAUUUUAGAAAACGCCACUGCUACCAUUAGUAAUACCAUUCUUCAUUAAUUUACAUAUUCAAUAUUAGAUUUCGUCUCUUUAUUAUUAUAUCAAAAUUUAUUAUUUUGUUAGUGAAAAUUUCUAUCAAACUCUAUAUUAAUAUUGAGGACAAUAUUUUAUUUUUUAUUU